AAAUAUUUAGAUUCUAAAAGAUGUAUGAUAAAUAUAAAAUGUCCUGAAACCUGAUUCCCAAGAAUAUAUAAAGAUGGAUGUUCGUCUAGUAAGAUUAGAUCCCCAGGGAUGUAUUCUUGAGGAACAUGGAGCUACUCCGUCCCAGCUCCGACACCGGAGUAACAGACCUCCCUUACGUCACAAGCUCUCGGAACUAGGUUCCGGGUUUCUAAACUUCUUGAUGCUGCCGGAUCAAGAUCUAAGAGCACAAGUUGUAAGAUCAGGAGUUGGGAUUCGUGAGUCAAAUUUAAUCCGAGGAACUGGUGAGGAGAUAGGGUUGAGAAGAUCUACUGAUUUUAUUGGACUAUUUGAAGGUUCAACAACAAGCUCAUCGUCACCUUGUACACCAGGGACCUCUACUAGGGUCCAGACAGCAGUAUGUCCGACCUUCUGCAUGGAUAACAGCUUGUCCCCAAUUCAACCUUAUUCAAACCAUUCAACACAAAAACAAGGGGUACAGAAUCAAUCAUUUAUCUCAUUCCAUUCUAUAUUUGAUGAGUUGGAGCAGACCCAAGGAGAUCAAGAAUAUCAUGUUCUAGAGAAACCCCAAGUAGAUCAAGAAUAUCAUGGUCUACAGAAACCCCCAGUAGAUCAAGAAUAUCAUGUUCUACAGAAACCCCCAGUAGAUCAAGAAUAUCAUGGUCUACAGAAACCCCCAAUAGAUCAAGAAUAUCAUGGUCUACAGAAACCCCAAGUAGAUCAAGAAUAUCAUGGUCUACAGAAAACCCUAAAAUUCAUCCAAAACUCUUCUACAAACCUUGAGAACAAAGAGAACAACAAUCCUAAUAAUAAGUUGUCAGAUUUUGGAAUUUCGUUCUCAGAUUCUGAUUCUGAUUCUGACACCAUAGCUCCAGAUGUUGCGGAGAACCUAGAAACUGUAGAUGGGUCAGACUCGAGAUCCAACUUCGAAGAAGAGGACAGGUUCAAUUCUUCUCCAGUCUUUGACAAUACAGGGGAUAAAAUAUCCAACAUAGAUGAAGAUGCUACUAAAACUGGUGAAGUUAUUCAUAAUCGUAUUCCAAGUUCUACUCCUGAACGUGACCGUGAAACUAGGAACGGAAAUGCUCUUGCUCAUAAUGCUUGGCCACAAACUCAUAAGCGCAACAAAAUUCAUUCAGGAAGCUUUAUUCAUAACACUGCAGACAUAGGAAGCUUUAACUGCGAAAACAUUUUAUCAAAAAAGCAUGAAGAGGAGAAAGGGAAUUCCUAUGUUCAUGAAGAAAAUCGUUCUCCUGUUAAUGCAAAGGUUAAGAAGUAUUUCAUUCCGGAGAGAGACAGCGUGCAGGAGGAAGCUGAUUUGAUGCGGUUUAGCUCCGAUACCGGAGAUUCAUUCUCAGACCAGAGCCAAAAUUUGGAUCAAACUUUAGAUGACUAUAUUGAAGCAAGAUUGGAUACGAUGGAAAAAGAUAAUGAAGAUACAUCUGAUCAAAUCUCAGAACCGGGAAUUGCAUCCCAGACUAUAGUGAGAAAAGUUAUACCACAGAUUCGACGGAAUACUAAGAAACCCAGUUUUUACGCUUCCGGAAAAAUUGUAAAGGUUGGAAGUAGAGAUUGUGCUCAGGACAACAUCGAAACUGUACAAGGGUCGGAGCAAAAUCUCAAAUUUCAAUUAGAUUUUGAGUCCGACUCUGGAAGUGAUGAUGAGCCUGAAGGAAUAAAAGGAGGUGAACCAGAUAAUAAAGUCGGCUUAGCUCCGAUCCAGUCUCCAGGUCCAAGCCACGAUGGAAACAUUUCUCCGUCAAGAGAAACCCUGAGCAAGGACGUCUCUUUAGCGCCGCUUCAAAAUGUUACAAAAGAUUGGAACAGCUCUGCGUUGAAUCUGGCCCCGGGACUAGUCCAGAAUAAUAUCAACUGUUCUACUUUGAGGACAGUACAAGAUAAACUUCAACCUACCUUGAACCCUGCUCCUGGUCUAGGUCAGAAUAGAUCUCCAGCUCCAACUGUACCUGGAAGAGAAUCAGGAUUAGAACUUUGUAAAGGAGAUGGUCCUGAAGUACAGCAGAAAGUAGAGCGUGAGACGAGUUCCCAGCAGGAAAGACGAGUAGUUCCCCGGUUUAAAGCCCCUUUCAAGAGAGUUCAAUCAAAGAUAAGUGAUUUCUACUCCCGGAGUCAAACUGCCUCAAACAACACAAACACAACAGGCAUGAAGAACUCAACCUUGAUGAACAAAGACUAUGCACCCAAGAUAAAUAUUGGAAAGAGAAAGAUAGAAUGUCCUAAACCCACAUUUCUUGAACUCUUUGAACCAGAAGAUUCUAAGUCCAAGAAAAAGAAGAAGGAUACUUGUAAACAAGAUACUAAGAAGAUAGAGUAUACUAAAAACCCAAAAACUGAUACGAAGAAAACAGAAGAUACUGGUUAUCAUAAACCAGAUACUAAUAUGACAAUGGAAACCAGUGGAACAAAAAAGACUCGAGAUAAACAAGCAAAGAAAUCUCAAUUUAGAAUUGAUGAACAAGCUUUAAACAUAUCACAGGAGUCUGAUGCUUUAUCUACUGGACCGACAGAGGUUAGAAGCGGAGGAUCCAGGAUACGGAACCUGGCUGAUUUGACCGGAGCAGAGACAACCCUCUUGGAGAACUGUGAGGAGACCUGCUUCCUACUUAGCUAUCUGGGGAACGUGACCAACCUGAAGGAUAAAAAUAGUUUUACCAGGAAUCUGCUCAGCCCCAGGUCUAUAUUUCUUCGUUGUUCUAUUAAAGCAUGUCCUGUCUUCUACCUUCGAUUCAACUUAUCUAACAUUAAUCAGGUUGAGGAGGAUAUCUUCCUGAAAAUUCUUUUAAACCCCUCCACCAGAAAGAUUGUAUUUGAAGCUAAGAUAUUUCUAAAAGCUCUUCUACUGAGUGUCCCUGGAUACAAAGAUUAUAUGCUCACAGACCAAGUUUACCUGGAUCCCCUGGUGGGAUGCUGGCUACUGCAACCUGACCGUCAGCUAGCUGGUUUCCAAGACUGUGUAACUGUUCUACUAUCUGGAAGCAGGAGGAAGGAUUGGGGGAACAGGGAAACAGUUACUCAGGACCUAGAUACUGUCUCAGAGCUGACUGAGAGGAUGUUCCAGCAGUUGCACCUGGAAAAGCUAUGGGACGUGUUCUAUCUGACAGAGAUGCGCCUUCUCCCUCUUCUGGUUGGGAUGGAACGAACUGGAGUGAGCAUUGACCAAGGAGAACUAAACAGGAUCGGUGAGUUGCUUACUGCUGAGGCAAAGCACGUGGAAGAAGAAUGCCACGCCUUAGCUGGAACUAAGUUUAAUCUGGCAUCUUCUAAACAGGUGCGAGAAGUAUUGUAUGAUAUCCUAAGAUUGGAUACUGUAUCUGGAGUCAAUGUGGGUAAGACUGCAGGAGGACUGAAAUCUUCUAGUGAAGCUGCACUGAAAAAACUAGAACCUUUUCACCCAGUUCCAGGAUUGAUCUUAAAGCACAGACAGCUUUCUAAAUCCCAGGCUGCUUAUAUUCAAGGUUUACUGCAGCAUAAUGAGGGAGGACGGAUCCACACAACCUGGGAUCAGAUCGGAGCAGCAACCGGAAGAAUCACAUCGGUUGCUCCGAACCUACAGGCAAUCCCUAAAACUGAUAUAAUCCUGGAUACCUGUACUGUUCACCUACGCAAAGCAUUUGUUCCGAAUCCUGGAUAUAUUCUCGUCUCAGCAGAUUAUGAGCAGAUUGAACUAAGAAUAUUAGCUCAUCUGUCAGGAGAUCCAAUACUCAUUAAGGCAAUAAGAACAGGAGGAGAUAUAUUUAUGGAACUGGCAGCAAUCUGGUUAGAGAAACCUGUAUCUAGGAUUCAGUUUUCUGAUCGUGAGAAAACGAAGCAUGUUGUUUACGCUCUAAUGUACGGAGCAGGGAAGAAUAAGCUCUCAGAGAUCCUCGAGGUUUCUCCGGACCAGGCACAAGGAAUUAUCAACAGUUUCUAUACUAAAUUCUCUCAGCUUAAGUCUUUUAACAGGUCUGUGGUGCAGAGGGCGGAGGAGAAGGGGUUCCUCGUUACAAUGUUCGGGAGGAAGCGCUGCUUCCCUCACAUCAAAUCUUCUAAUUUCGGGAUGAAAAUACAAUCUCAGAGACAAGCUUUUAACUUUCUUAUUCAAGGAACUGCUGCUGAUAUUCUGAAGAAUGCUGUUGUUUACACUACAGGAGUACUGAAUAGUGCUGGACUAGCUGCUAGGGUCAUCCUUCUCAUUCAUGAUGAAAUUGUCUGGGAAGUCCAGGACGGGUGGCGGGACUCCUGUUUAGAUCUGAUAGGACGGAGUUUAGAAAAUCAUUCCCGGAUAUUCCCAGCUCAGGUCGAGUUCAAGAUACCCCUCAGCGUCAAGAUAUCUGUGGGGAACAGUCUAGCAACCAUGGCUACUGUAGAGCAACAGAUAUAGUUGCAUCCUUCUGCAACAUAUAUAGUUGCAACCUGCUACAACAGAUAUAGUUGCAACCUUCUACAGCAGAUAUAGUUGCAACUUUCUAAGAAAAAGAUAUAGUUGCAACCUUUUGAAAAAGAUACAGUUGCAACCUUCUGCAGCUGAUAUAGUUGUAACCUUCUGCAACAUAUAUGGUUGCCACCUUCUGGAACAAAAAUUGUUGCAACCUUCUGCAACAAAUGUUAAUGCAACCUUCUGCAACAAAUAUGGUUGCAACCUUCUUCAACAGAUAUAGUUGCAACCUUCUUCAACAGAUAUAGUUGCAACCUUCUUCAACAGAUAUAGUUGCAACCUUCUUCAACAGAUAUAGUUGCAACCUUCUUCAACAGAUAUAGUUGUAACCUUCUUCAACAGAUAUAGUUGCAACCUUCUAUAACAGAUAUAGUUGCAACCUUCUUCAACAGAUAUAGUUGUAACCUUCUGAAAAAGAAGUUGUAACCUUCUGCAACAGAUAUAAUUGUAACUAAUUAUGCAACAUCUAUGGUUGCAACCUUCUACAACAGAUAUAGUUGUAACCUACUGCAACAGAUAUAAUUGUAACUAAUUCUGCAACAUCUAUGGUUGCAACCUUCUACAACAGAUAUAGUUGUAACCUACUGCAACAAAUAUGUUUGUAACCUUCAACAAAUAUAGUUGCAACCUUCUUUAACAGAUAUAGUUGUAACCUUCUACAACAGAUAUAGUUGUAACCUACUGCAACAGAUAUGUUUGUAACCUUCUGCAGAAAAUAUUGCAAUCCCUUUAGAAAUUUUCAAAAUUUAUUUACAUGAAACUAUUUUACAUGGAAUUCUUAUGAUCCAAAUGGAUUAGUUGUUAAAUAAUCUAGCUUUGUUAAUUUUAAUGAAUUUAAGAACUAUUUGUAAAAUUGAAUUACGUAUUUAUGAUAUCCUUUAUUUGUAUUAAAAACAAUAAGAUUAUAAUUUAUUAUUUUAAUAUUUUCAGAAAAUUUGGAAAAUGGCAAAAUUUAAAUAUGUGUAUCCUUACUUUUUCUUGUUGGUACUUUUAUUUGCUUCUGGGUAAGGUUUACGGGAUUGGCCAGUACUUUUUAUCUAUAUAGAUAUUCAAUAUGCAGCUAUGUCAUGGCAGGUUGUGCUUUACUGUCUUGUAUUUCUGGAUUCUUUAAUCUCUGCUUCUCAAGUUCUCUUCGGUUCUCAAUUAUUUCAAUAAGUUUAGCAUUGUCCUCAGCGUUGUUAAGCUUUUUUCUGAUGAUUCAAUACCUUGUUGGAUAUGAAACCUUGAUUCAUGCAGACUUUGCCAGAUCUAGGUUCAGCUGGGAGGAUAUUACGUACUGCAGUCUGGGGGCUGUCAACUUCUGGAUUUGCGCUUUCAGUAUCGGAUUCUCGUAUUUAUCUACUCGUCAGGAGUGGAUGAAGAAAACGUAUCCUCAUGAUCCUGGAGAGAUUCCUGAACAUGGAGAAUCUCAGGAAACUGGAGGAAUUUCCGACCCCGGAGAAUAUCAUGAACCCAGAGAGAAUCUUGAACAUGGAGAGAUUCCCGAACCCGGAGAGAUUCCUGGACCCGGAGAAUAUCAUGAACCCGCAGAGAUUCCUGGACCCGGAGAAUAUCGUGAACCCGCAGAGAUUCCUGGACCCGGUGAAUAUCAUGGACCUAGAGAGAUUCAUGAACCCGGAAAAAUAUAAUAAACCUUACAAACUCUGAUUACGGAGAAGUUCAUAAAAUGGAGAUAUUUCCUUUAAGGAGUAGGAAAUCAUGAACCUGGAGAGAAUCCAGAUCCCAGUGACGAUCCCGACUCCAGAAAAAAUCUAACAUUCCGUGUAGUACAAAUAAAAGAAAUUAAAUCUUCAAACGCCA